AUGGCCUCAAAGUUCUUCCUCCUUGCCCUUCUGGCCAUGUCGGCUUCUCGUGCUAUUGCCUCCGACCCAGGCCAGCUCCAGGAUUUCUGCAUCGCUGACAGAACAUCACAAGUUUUUGUCAAUGGAUUUGCAUGCAAAAACCCAAAGACCGCUGUGGCAGAAGAUUUCUUCUUCUCUGGCCUUCACAUGGCUGGGAACACGAGCAACAAGCAAGGAUCUGCUGUGACCGCAGUUAAUGUGGCGCAGAUUGCUGGGUUGAACACUUUGGGCAUCUUCCUGGUUCGCGUCGAUUAUGCACCCAAUGGUCAAAACGCACCCCACAUCCAUCCCCGGGCAACCGAGAUCCUCACCGUGCUGGAAGGCUCGCUCUAUGUUGGUUUCGUGACCUCAAACCCCGAGAACAAGUUGUUCGCAAAAUUUCUGAACAAAGGGGACGUGUUUGUGUUUCCACAAGGGUUGAUUCACUUCCAGUUCAACUUGGGAACAAACAAAGCCAUAGCCAUUGCCGCGCUGAGCAGCAAGAACCCUGGGGUGAUCACCAUAGCCAAUGCGGUGUUCGGAUCCAAGCCAUCCAUCUCAGAUGAUAUCCUUGCCAAAGCCUUCCAGGUGGACAAGAACAUAGUAGACAAUAUCCAAGCUCAAUUCUAG